GUCUGGACGUUUGGGUCAGCGAGGAUGCAGGCUACAGCUGGAGCCAACUCGAUCGACCUCCCUGGGCCCACAUCACCGGCCGAUUUCGAAGCGCCCUGCUGCCACUGGCUCCGGCUGCCGGUGAGACGGCCGAGUUCAGUCAAACCGCCAAGGUGCUGCUGGUAGGUGGGUGUUUCAUCGAUGGGGGUGAUGGCGCCUACGGUGGCUUUGA